CGUCCAUAGCAUCCGCGAUGAUGUUAGCAACGGGAAGCCAUUAAUUCACAGCUAACCCAACAAAAUAAACUGAAGCUAGGUGAAGCUAAAUAAACUUCAAUGUUUUCCAGUGUGUUAUUGGUGAGGAAAUGACCUCAAACAACCCAGCGGUUUUUCUUCUCAUGGUCAGUGGGCAAAUCGAAGCAGCAAAUUUCCCAGAAUAUGACGAUCUGUACUGCAAGUAUUGUUUUGUGUAUGGACACGAUUGGGUGCCCACAUCAGGCUUGGAAGAGGGAAUUUCCCAAAUAACAUCAAAAGGAAGAGGAUCUCAGAGUUUGGUGUGGAAUUUCCCAUUGGACAUCACAUUUAAAAGCACCAACCCAUUUGGCUGGCCCCAGAUUGUGGUCAGUGUGUAUGGCCCCGAUACCUUUGGAAAUGAUGUUGUCAGAGGUUAUGGAGCCGUGCACAUUCCCUUUACUCCUGGAAAACACACCAAGACUAUUCCAAUGUUUGUUCCUGAGUCCACAUCAAGACUGCAGAAGUUCACAAGCUGGCUAAUGGGAAGGCGUCCAGAGUUCACAGAUCCCAAGGUUGUUGCCCAAGGAGAGGGAAGAGAAGUUACGAGGGUGCGUUCACAAGGUUUUGUGACACUACAGUUCAACAUAGUUACUAAGGACAUGAAGAAGCUGGGUUAUGAGACUACUUCAAUGGAGCAUUCAUCUGCUACAGGACUGGCAAGAACAGAGCAGCCUUAUGGAUCAUGAUCUCAAUGGCAGAUAAGAGGCUUUGCUAACAGGCUUUAUAUGCUUUUGUACAUCUAUGUCAGUCUUUAGAACGUGUUACCUAUUCAUAACCAGACAUGUUAUAUUGUUUGAUCAGUUUUGUAUGUUUUUAAUAAACCAGUCUACUGUUUUUGUUGAUAUCUAGAAAAGUCAACCACCUGUACGACUGAAAUGAUUAGACUCUGUUGCCACAACAGCAUGCAAUGUUGAUGUGAUUACUGAAAGCAUCAAGAGACAGAUCAAAAGUCAUUGAUACAGUUUAUUUUUAACCAUUGCAGCUACAGGUCCUUUUAUCACUUGCUGCGAUUUAGAUGGCAAUAAAAUAUCACACUCUUCAUGUGACUUACCUACAAAACCAUUACACAGAAAUAAGGUACAGGACAAUAUGUUACAAUAGAACAGAUGAUAAAUUAUAUUAUACAGUUAUAAUGCCAACAAGUUGAGCACAUAUCCAUAAAAAGCAGCCUGCUCCCAGUAAUAUGACACAGUUUGGUAAAUACACAAGACACAUUAACAUGGAAAAAUAAAAUGUUAUGCAUCUUCACAAGGUUAGUCCUCUACAAUAAAUGCAUAGUGAGUACAUAGUAACAGAAGUGAUAUAAUGACAGCAAAACGAAAGGUCAUAGACAAAAUGAGCUAGAUAUUGUAUGGGUUCAAAGUAAAAUUAAUGGUAAAUGUAGUCUGCAUAAUGGAGUACAGUGAUGCCCUCUAGCAGGGAGUCAUGUUUAGCAGGAUUAGUGCCUGCUUAGACCAUCACAUCCAUCAAAAGUGCAUUACAUACAUCUUAAAGCUGUCUUACCCACCCCCAUCCCCUCCAAAAUGCCUGAGUAUGCCUGCAGAUUAUUGACCAUAAACACACCUCAGGCUCUGCUACAAGACUGCACAUAGGCAGAACUGCCACAUUAUUUCCAGCAGAGGUCACUAGCUCAUAAAAUGAGAGAAUUAGAAACGGUAUGCUUGUAGUAAUUGAGAAAGGGUGGAUAAAUAAAAAGAUAAAACUACCGCAGCACUGCAUUUGAAAAGGACUAGCAAUGUCACUUUGGGAACUACGAUUUGGGUGGAGAGAUGUUGCCAUCUUGUG